GGAUGGAUAGUACUUUCAGAGGGUUUUGAAAAUUCAAAGCAACAAAUUCUUUUCCUUUUCUGCUCAAUUUGUUUACCUACGACAAAAACCAACCAAAUUUUCGUGAAAAUUCAGAUAAAUUGUUUCUGUGAGGGAAAACUAGUGUUGUAAUUUUUUGUGUGUGUUUGUGUGUGUGUGUGUGUGUGUGAGUGUUUUUUUUUUUUUUUUCUUUUUCACUUCGGAUUCUCCGAUAAUUCGCCGAUCUUACAUUUGCCGGAAUUUCGGUUCGUCCAGUUAAAAUUGUGCAGAAAGAGUCAGGCUUUCAAAUUCUGGUGAAGUCAAGCAACACGUAGAGUGCUCAUUUAUCUGAUAAUGGAUCUUGGAUUGCUGGUUUUUUCUGUUUGAUCCAUCUAUUUUGGCAUGGUUUCUGAGAUAUGGUCUUGCAGAAGAGGUUAGAGUACGGGUUUAAUGGCUAUCAGGCUCCGGCCAUGCCCCGAGCUUCCCGAUCAACUAGGAGGAGGGCUAAAUUUCAAAGAGCUGAAGACAAUCAAAAGUGUGCAUUUGACUUAUUGGCCACCGUAGCUGGUAAACUAUUGCAAGAGAGAGAGGAUCCAACCAUGUCUAGUAAUGCUUCCUCAGAAAAGGAUCGUUGUGGAUUUGUCAAAGAUUGCCAAGAUGCAAAUAAACCAACCAAAUCUGAGCUUUCUGAUGAAGGAAGUUGUCAUGAAAAGAGUUUCUCCUGUCCUUCACAAACAAAUGAUAAAAAUUGCUGUUUGAAAGAAUUCCCAAUUCUUGCAAUUGAUGGUCAUGCAGGGAUUGCUUCUAUAGUAACAAGUUCUAGUUCCGUAGAGAGGUUCAUUGCAGAGAAAUUAGUGGAUGGCAAUAGGCAUUUCAAAAUGGAAAAUGUUACUGGCGAAGUUAAAUUAGAUUCUCCUGAUUGCUCAAAGGAUAGUCAUUUCCAGUUAGAUGUUGAUACUAGUAAAGGAAAGGAUGAGUUGCAUAAGUUUGAGAAUGUGCCAAAUGGCAGUGGGAUUGACAUGUGCAGUUUUGAGAAACCGUUGGAUGAAAAUCCUCCUGCAUUGAUCAGUAUAGGUGGCAAUGCCAAAUUGUCUGGCUAUAAUGAUAGGACUCCCCUGUCCAAAGGUUGUGACGAUGUACCUGUAGUUAGUAGAGAUGAUGACGAAAACUCUUCUGGGUGUAUUCACCCUAUUAAUACUAAACCUAAGUCCUUUAGGCCAAAGAAUUGUAUAGGUGAUAAUAGAAUAAGUAAGAGACUGGCUUCUAACUUUCGGAAAGUUGCUGAAAAACCAAAGGAUGGCACACGUUUUAACAGUGAUGGAGAUUGGAAGCGAACUUACUACAGUAAGAGGAACUGCAAUAAACGCCAAAGUUCUCAGAUGAAUAUUCCUUUCAAAAAGAGGAAGCUUUAUUAUAGCUCUGUUUCAAAUACUAAUGCAUUUAUCAGGAGUGGUGGCAUUUAUUAUUCACCUGAGAAUUGUAUGAAUAAGGAUGCUUGUGAUUCACCUCCUGGGAUGCACAAAGUGAAGCUUAGGAUCAAGUCAUUUAGAGUGCCAGAGCUUUUUAUAGAGGUUCCGGAAACAGCAACAAUUGGGUCCUUAAAGAGGACGGUGAUGGAUGCUGUGACUGCUGUACUUGGAGGUGAAUUGCACGUUGGUGUUUUUCUCCAGGGAAAGAAAGUUAGGGAUGACAGUAAAACUCUGCUUCAAACCGGAAUUUCUCACGAUAACCAGAUGGAUGCUUUGGGUUUCACUCUAGAGUCUAAUUCUUCACAUAGCCUACCGAUUGUAUGUGCUGCACAUUCUCCCCGUCCUAGUGCUGACAUAACUCAGCCUGUAAUAAGGUAUCCUUCCAGUCCAGCUGUAAUUGAUCAGAAGAUUCAAGGCAAUUCUGACAUGUCACCUGAGCAUCAAGUAACUAGUUUAGCUAGCCAUUUUGAAAGUGACUACGAUUCAGCACCUUCUCCUAUUAACAUGUCUGUUGACAACGGUAUGAAAGAUUCCAAAGAACUGGUUACUGUUCUUGAAAUGGAUAAGGAGGAACUAGCUAUGGUACCUGUACUCCAGAAGCCAAAGCGAUCUGAGGUUGUACAGCGCCGAAUACGAAGGCCAUUUUCUGUAGAAGAGGUUGAAGCACUGGUUCAAGCAGUUGAAAAACUAGGAACUGGAAGGUGGCGUGAUGUUAAGAUUUGUGCCUUUGAUAAUGCAAAGCAUCGCACAUAUGUGGAUUUGAAGGAUAAAUGGAAAACACUGGUGCACACGGCAAGAAUAUCCCCUCAGCAAAGGAGGGGUGAACCUGUUCCCCAAGAACUUUUGGACAGGGUUCUAGUGGCCCACUCAUAUUGGUCACAGCAGCAGACCAAACAACAGCACAAACAGCACCCAGAAACUGAAACUGUCUUCUCCUUUAAUAAUGGCCAGGGCCAUGUGGAUGGAGGGGUUAUGGUUUCUGACUUUUGUUAUUAGUGUCUUUUUCUUUCUGCUUGUAAUAAAUAUUUAUCAAGUCUCUGUCUUAUGUCUGUCAACCAUGUACAAAGUGAUGAUGACAAGGAGAAAAAGCGAAGCCUAGAGAGAGAGUAUGUAAAAAUUAUCUUUGCUCAUGAUGUGUAUCUUUCCCUGCGUGGAGAGGCUGCUUUUCUGUAAAUGAUUGAUGCAAUAAAGUGCUCGCUGACUCAAUUCUUUUGACUGUAAAUAUUUAAAUUACUGUGUAAAAUUAUCACGUUUUUACUGCUUCA